UUUUUCCUCUCACUCUCUUAAUAAAAUUUCUGCCAUGGAGACCAUGCUGAGAUCCGUGGUUACUUUCACGCUCUUCACUCUUCUGUUAUCCCACAUUUCUGUGGAGACAUCAGCAACAACGAUAACAGUCUACAACAAGUGCGGUCACCCGGUUUGGCCAGGGAUCCAGCCAAGCGCUGGAAAGCUUCUUUUAGCCCGCGGUGGCUUCAAGCUUCCACCCAACAAAGCCUACUCCAUGCGUCUUCCUCCCCUCUGGUCAGGUCGUUUCUGGGGGCGUCACGGUUGCUCAUUCGACGCCUCGGGUCGAGGCCGCUGCGCCACUGGUGACUGCGGUGGCUCCCUCUUCUGCAAUGGACUUGGCGGUGCUCCGCCAGCCACACUGGCGGAAAUCACCCUGGGGAAGGACCAAGAUUUCUACGACGUGAGCUUGGUGGAUGGCUACAACAUUGCCAUGUCGAUAAUCCCUUUCAAGGGAAAAGGGAAAUGCAGCUAUGUGGGGUGCGUCAGCGACUUAAACCUGAUGUGCCCCGUGGGGUUACAAGUGAGAUCGAAUGAUAAAAAGCGAGUGGUGGCGUGCAAAAGCGCUUGCUUUGCUUUCAACUCGCCCAGAUAUUGCUGCAUCGGAGACUUUGGGAAUCCUCAGUCUUGCAAGCCAACUGCAUAUUCCAAGAUUUUCAAGACUGCUUGUCCCAAAGCCUAUUCCUACGCAUACGAUGAUCCCACCAGCAUUGCCACUUGCACACGCGGCAACUAUUUGCUCACUUUCUGCCCCUAUCGUCGCUAAUCCAUUCCUGUUUUCCAUAUACUAUCAUCAAAUUUAGAUGUCACGCCUACUACGUUCCUAUGUCGUCUCUAAUCUUUGUUUGUAGUGGAUUUUAUUAAUAGAAGCAUUAUAUUAUA